AUCGGUUCUAUCUUCCCUUCCUCCUCGUCAAAUUCGGUCCGCCCCCUGUAACUGUGUUCGUUGUGAUUCUUUCUUUUUCUUUCUUUCUUUCUUUCUUUUACUUCUACUUUUUCUUUUUCUUUUUUCCAUUCCCAUUUCCAUUUUCAAAUCUAAAAAAUCGCUAGUCGGGCCACUCUCCGUUGUCCUAAGUGGCGGCCCAUCUUUCCGAUAGCUCUUGAUUUGGCGCCCUCAUCCUCUCAACCAUGAAGUUCGGCGGUGGACGUGAUUUCCACUGCACUUGGGAGAAUUGUGACAAGGCUUUCACUCGCAAAUCAGACCUGUGCAGGCAUUUUCGGAUACACACCAACGAGCGACCGUACCAUUGCACCGUCAAUGAUUGCAGUAAAGGUUUUAUCCAGCGGAGUGCAUUGACCGUGCAUUCGCGGACGCAUACUGGACAGAAACCUCACGUUUGUCAACACGGAGGAUGCCACAAGGCCUUUUCCGACUCGUCAAGUCUUUCCCGUCAUCGGAGGAUCCAUACAGAAGAACGACCCUAUAUCUGUCAGAAUUCAACAUGCAGUAAAACAUUUCGCCGCAAGGUGACACCGACCAAACACCGACAUCGCUCCCAUCCCCGAGACGCCGUAACCCCGCUGUCCUCGAAAGAGGUGGUGUCCGAUGAGCCGUGUCCAGAGCAAGCCGCAAAUUUCAACGAACAGUAUCUCCCAACCCAGCAAGUCUCGUACCCUCGCACUCUAUGGUCAAGUUUCGAGUCCCGUGCCCACCAGAGCCUGUAUGUAACACCGGUGCCCCUGCAAGAUCCAGCCCAGCUUGUGAUGCAGCCUAUCCUGGCCACAUCACCGGUUGACAAUCAGUGUGCUCGGCAAUACUACGUACAACCAGUGCAACAGUGGCAGCGACAUGAUCCCAUGUGCCAGCGAUAUCUGCCGCCGGAGUCUCAGCAACACUAUAUCAGUCUUCCGAUGGCAGAGUGUCCUUUGUUGACGGUCUUUAACGCUCAUAUGACCACAGGUCGCUAGCUCACACCCUGAACCAGUCUGAAGGCACGAACAAGAUAUAUUUCUCUAGGGCGGGCUAAUGAGCCAGCAAAUUUUUGAACAGUAAUUGCUUCAGCGCAGGAUAAGGCGUUUGUAUCUUGCGCGGAUGCCAUCAUUUUAUGACUAAUUUACAG